CAUGAACACUUUGAUACUUUUGCUUUCUUCCUCACUUUUGUGGUGAAUGGUGAUACUGUUAUUUGAUUCUUAUUUUUGAUGCAGAUUAGUUUGUUUCGAUAUAAUACUAUAGUUAAUUUCUUCACCUUUUUAUUUGGGCCACUUUCUUGAAUCUAUAGGAAAAUCAAUCUGAUUUUUACUUAUUAAUUAGUCCAUGGGAAAUAAACUGUAUAGAAUUGGACAUGUCCAAGAAAACACAAUUAUGUAGUGAAUGUGAAUUAAUGAUUGGCAGAGGCCCCUUAUGCCAAGUAUAAAAGGGUUGCUGUUUUUUUCUUUUUCUUUUUCUUUGUGAAGAUAUGCUUAUGUUUAAAUAUAGGAUUUUUUUUUGUUUUUUAUUUAGUUUAGGUUUGUUUAAUUUGUAUUCUAAGAUAGGGUUUUAACUUGCAUUUCUGCCUAUAUUUGGAGUAUCUGGAGAUCUUGGAGGAUAAACACUCACAUAUGCAGAACCUUGAGUGAUUUUGCAGCUUGACUAUCUUGAUCUUUAUCUUGAUUCGGAGGAAAGAAUUGGGCGCCUGACCGUCGACAGCCAAUGCAACUAGAAGAAGAGAAAAUAAAAGAAGAAGAAGAAGAAGAGGUUGAGAGUGUCUGCAGCAACCAGUCUUUAGAGAUGGCUCCUCUGACAGAAUCUGAAUUGCAUUUGUUCAAGAAGUUAUUCCACGAUCAAUCUAAGGGAAUUUUUCAGACCCGAGACAAAGACAUCAAUUCAAAAGAGAUGUGGAUUGAGAUUCUGACAGAGUAUAAUAGACGGGCACAGCAGAGCAACGAACAACCCCAACAAAACUGGAUGGAUGUGAUUAAGGCGGGGAAACAGCUUCAUUCUACAUUCUGCAUACAGAGAUCUCUAGCUGAGCAGGGCUGUCAGCAAGAACGAGAUCCCAUUUUGAUGGAGAUCUUUGACCCUUGUGAUACGUGCAAAAAAAAAGUUAUUGUAUCUCCAUUAUCUCUCUUAAGUGAGGAGUUAAGAAAACAGAGGGGAGCAGUAGAUGUCAAUCUGAAUCAAAUUUUUGAAUUUUGCGAAACAUGCAAAGGCAAAAUUCCGAGCUUCCCAACGUCUAUGAUGACCUCAUCUUCCGGUCUUGGAUCUAGAACCUUUUCCAGUAUUGGUGGGGAAGUGGAAGGUAGAUUUGUGAGACCGUGCCUUGCCCCUGUUGCCCCUGCUGAUCACGAGCAAAUUAAAGCUGCAAUAGACGUUCUUACCGCCAUGGGCACGAAAAAGCUUAUCGAUGUACAGACCCUAUGGAAGCUGGCUGGGCAUUGUAGUUGGGGGAACCUAGACUUGAUUAUGGUCCUAAAGUCCCCUGCAACACUUGAGGAGAAGGCUGAAUUGGUGAAGGGUUAUCCGUUAGAAGGCUGAAUUGCUGGAGGUUGUGCUCGUGGAUUGAGUGAGAGGUUGAAGAGGGAUGAGGGACAAGUGUUGGAUGAAGCAGCUGUGUUUGAAGAAACAGACAACUGCUGAUAUUUUUGGCUUAUUUCAAAAAGUACUAUAUAUGUGUUUCUGUUUCAUCUCAUGUUGAUUAAGAGUAUGACAGAAACAGAAAUCUUAUGGCCUUAUUUCCCAAAACAAUGGAACUUUGUAUACAUCAAUCCGAAGUCACUGAGCUCAA